GAGCGCAUCUGCUGCAGGAGGAGAGCGUUAUGAGUUUACACGGAUACACUGAAACUUAGCUUUUCCUCACUGCUCACGGAAUAUCCUUCAGACAUAAAUGAAGGAUAACUGAGUCAAAGACAACCUCGUUAUAACAGUCGCUUUGUCACCGUCGGUUUCCUUUAACCGUGUGCACAAUGGAAUUGCGCGUGUUUGGCACAUCGCUUUACGCAUACUCCUGGGUCUAUUUAUUUGUUUUCAUCCUGCAGGCUGCUCAGUCUCAAAGGAAUCCGGGAACACAGCAAGGGAAUGACCAAAGAGGGGCCCUCCGGCAGACGCUACAGUGGUCACACAACGGCAAGAUAUUUAGCAUUCUAAGCCAAGGGUCUGAGUAUCAGCCGGCCAGACGCAGGGGCGCAACGCAGGAGCAAGUGCAGGAGCGACCUGUCACAAUCAUCCGGGAUGCGGACACCCAGAGACAACCGGUGGCCCAGCAGCAGCCUCCCCGGCCGGCCUCCAACCCGCAGGGCCAGCGCAGCCUCCCGCUGCCGAUCCAGAGGCUCGUGAGAGGCCAGGAGCACCGCCAGCAUCACCAAGCGCGUCCCGGUGGGACAGGGACGCAGAGGAGCCGGAGAGUAAAUGAUACCCAAGAGCAGGUCGAUGUCAGGAGAGAAGACAUGAUGGUGGGAGACGAUCCAUACGAUCCCUACAAGUCAAUUGACACCGAUAAUCCAUAUUACAAUUACUAUGACGUUUACGAGAGACCGAGGGAGAGAUCGAGACCCGGAUAUGGCACAAGGUAUCAUCAGUACGGUCUCCCUGAUCUGGUUCCUGACCCAUACUACAUCCAAGCCUCGGCCUACGUCCAGAGAGUCCCGAUGUACAACCUGAGAUGUGCGGCUGAAGAAAAUUGUUUGUCAAGUUCCGCCUACAGAGCACGAGACUACGAUAGCCGCAUGCUGCUGAGGUUUCCUCAGAAAGUCAAGAACCAGGGCACCGCAGACUUCCUCCCCAACAGGCCACGUUACUCCUGGGAGUGGCACAGCUGUCACCAGCACUACCACAGCAUGGAUGAGUUCAGCCACUACGAUCUGCUGGAUGCCACUACUCAACGGUCAGUGGCAGAGGGCCACAAGGCCAGCUUCUGCUUGGAGGACACUUCCUGUGACUAUGGAUACUACAGGCGAUAUGCCUGCACCUCACAUACUCAGGGCCUGAGCCCGGGAUGUUAUGAUACCUACAACGCAGACAUCGACUGCCAGUGGAUUGACAUCACAGAUGUGAAACCUGGCAACUAUGUCCUGAAGAUCAGUGUAAAUCCUUACUACCAGGUUCCAGAAUCGGACUACAGCAACAAUAUUGUGCGCUGUGAUGUCCGCUACACGGGCAACUAUGCCUACGUGUCAGGUUGUCACAUGUCAACAUAUUAAAGAACGACAGUCAUCCACAGCGGCUCAGCGGACACACUGUGUAAAUGACAAAGAAGAGGACUGCACAUGAAGGCAUAUAAAGCAACAUAGAAAAACAGUUUUUUUUUGUUUUCUUAAGACAUGCAUUCACUUUAAAAUGUAAUCACUCCCAGUUUAGGAAAGAACAAGUAGGAAUCAUCUGAUUAUUAUAGCAGCAGAUAAAGUUGAAUUUUUCUUUGCUUGUGUGGGAAGAGAAAUCUUUGUUUUUUCUCCUUAAUGAAAAUCAUAUAACCUCAGCUUUGUUUUUUUGCUUUUUUUUUUUUGGAGGGGGGGGGGGUAUUUUUCAUAGCUCACUUCUGUUGGAUUGUACUGUAUGCUUGCCUUUUACUGCCACUUGUUAGAAGAAAUAAAAUCCAUAAAAACAUGAGCCUAAAAGAGAAAAAUUGCAGCAUAAAUCAUGUAUAUCACAAUGUUAUAUUGAACCCAGUUGUUUAAAGGAAAAUAUAUUUAUAUGCAACAGAUGAAACUCUCUUUACGCAAGAGCUUUUGUUGAAACUUAC